AUGCAACUGAGAAAAUGUGUCACGGUGCCCAAUCGCUUCGAAGAUGAAGUGCACGUCGGACCUGCAAGUCGCAACGGCACCAAGCCAGCUUUUCCAGCGAUGCUCAAAGAUCAGAUUGUCGCCUUCAAUCCAAACAACCCUCCAGCAGCCUUCCCUUCGCUUCCACUGACAUCUGUCAAUGUGUCGGCUGCAAAGAACCCAGAAAGAUCACAGGAGUUGCUAACUCUCCGUCCGUCGCUGAAUUUUCUUUCAACCGAGGGCCUUCGUAUCAGCUUAGCUGGCAGCAGUUCCUCUGAAGAAGACAUACCGCAAACAAAGCAGGAAACGAUCAAACCCGUUACAACGGAGAACAAUACCGGAGCACCUGUCGGACCCAUUGCGAAUGGGCCAAAUAGUGCAAAGGUUCCAAGCACCGCCUCGGAGGUCAACAACGAUGUCACAUGGACCAUGCUUCCGCUGUCUUUGCAGUCUCACAUCUAUAAAGCACUUUCAGCAAACUAUCCCUCAAAAAUAGUGCCAAAGCUUCUGGGUUUGACGGAACAUGAAGCGGGCCAAAUUCAGAAAGCGGUGGGCAUGAGGAUUCUGCAUCCAGCUUCGGUGGAAGAGAUAUGGAAUUACUGUUCCAAUGCCACCGUCGAAGAUCCCGGAACUCUCCAACCACCCUCCUCCAUCGAUGCCGGUAUAUUCAAUGAAUAUGUCGGCUACAUGGUAUAUGCGAGCAACCAUGAGUUGGCCUUCCAGUCUGAGGUUAGCUUGGCAAAACACUUCCUGUCAAGUCGUGGCAUUGCGACAGAAUUGUUGGGAACGUGGCUGCCAGAUCCUUCAGAUGCGCAAAUUGGCGGACUCUGCAGACAUGUCCCGGGCACAACGAGUCAUCCCGCCCUGUUGAACAAUCAGCUCCACAACGAUUCAGGAUACUCUUCCUUCUCAGAAGCCGACCAAACCCCUGGAGCACAGUGCAGUCAAAGACGCCCGCAGUCUAGACAAAAUUUGGUCAAGAAUAAGAUGACGGGAAUUCGGAGCACAGUACCCACGGCUCCGAUCAGUCUGGUCCAUCCAACUCAACAUCGCCCCCCAUUAGAGAGUGCCCUACUCGAUUUGAAUCCGAACCUGAUGGUGAGGAUAUCACCCCAUCCGCGGUCUAUCUUCACAAAAGACGGUGAAUUUCUGAAUACUCCUGGAGGCACAUUUUUCAAUGCACGAGACCUCGACGGGGAAAUCCAACCAAGUGUCCCCCAGGCCGGAAAGCACUUUCGGGAUUCAGCGGGCCGUGACACUUGUCGACAGCUUGCCACACAGUCGUCAGAAGCACGUCCCCCCACUGGGAUUACAUCAAAUCCUCAGCGCCUAAUUCUCAGGAUACAAAAUAAGAACGGGGUGGCCAGGAUCUUGAGAAAGAACCUGAGCCCUAUGGAUUGCACUCAGCACCUAUCCCCUCCAAAGGCUGGAGAUACUACGGCAGUGUCUCUCAACGGACUCGAGAAGCCUUCUCGGCCUUCAUCUCUCAGCACCCAGGUAUUCAGUCCUAACACAUCUGAGUUCAGCAAGGGUCCGACGGUGAAGGAUGUGGGCAGACCGCCGAACAGUGCUACGUUCGAGAUCACUUUCAUGAGCUCCGAAGCUCGUCCUUCAGUCAGUUGUCAGCCCGCAGAAUCUGAUAGUUCAAAGCGAAAGCCUUCCCAGUCAGAUAUUCGUCAGGAUAUUAGCAAGGUGCAACGAAUGCUGAUAAACGUGGCGUCAGAGGGUUCUUCUAAAGCUAUCCUACAGGAUUGGAACAGUGAUAUCAACCAGCUACACACCGAAGCAAACAGAUUUCACAAGCUUCCCACCGCGCAUCGAAUGUCGGCAAGUGAGACCGAUACUCUCAGCAAAGCCAAGCACAUAAUAUCCAGCAUCGAAUUAACAAGAAAAACAACAGGAACCACGAAGGAUACCAUACCCGUAGAAAGUAUGAAGCCACGACCCCUACGUUCACCAUCAUAUUCUCCAAUUUCCGAAAACGAGGACUUGGAAGAGUUCCAGGUGCGACUCCGAGGACCGAUGACGGACAGCAUGAGGGGCAAGGUGCCUGACCAAUACGCCAAUCUUUCUUCGCAAUCAGACCUCUCUCACAUCCUGAGCUCGCUGUCGAAUCCAGCCGUUUUCUGUCCUGCAAAGCCGGACGUACUGUCGAAGGAUAAACAAGGGCAGCGCGAAGGCAGAAUAGAACACCCCUUUCACACUCGUAGCCGGAAAGCCUCUCCGCCAUCAGCACAGAGCCAGGACCCUCCUCAGGGCACUGUGAAUGAUAUAGCUGAUGGACAAGAAGCUGGGCUUGCUCAGCACCAGCCCCGGCUUUCUUCGAAUGCCCAAGCGGACCGCAGCACGACGAGCGAACAGACAUCCGUGAUAACUCCCCCAGAAAAGACAUCGCAGGAAAAGAGCACCAGUCAGAAGAAACGUGGCAAAAAGAGAGGACCCAGAGGCCCGUACAGAAAAACGCGAGAAAGACUUGCAAGGCUUGCUACGGAGGAAGCGAAUGCCGAUACUUCAGAAUCAACCUGA